AUGUAAAUUUUCGUUAAAACUUUAACUGGAAAAACUAUCACUCUAGACGUAGAGGCCUCAGACACUAUUGAAAAUGUUAAGGCUAAGAUUCAAGAUAAGGAAGGAAUCCCACCUGAUCAAUAAAGACUUAUUUUCGCUGGUAAAUAACUCGAAGAUGGUAGAACCCUUUCUGAUUACAACAUCUAGAAAGAAUCAACUCUACACUUAGUUUUGAGAUUAAGAGGUGGUAUGCAAAUUUUCGUUAAGACUUUGACUGGUAAGACUAUCACUUUAGAUGUUGAAGCUUCUGAUACUAUUGAAAAUGUUAAGGCUAAGAUCCAAGAUAAGGAAGGUAUUCCACCUGAUCAAUAAAGACUUAUCUUCGCUGGUAAAUAACUCGAAGAUGGCAGAACUCUCUCAGACUAUAACAUUUAAAAGGAAUCAACUCUUCAUUUGGUUUUGAGAUUAAGAGGUGGUAUGCAAAUUUUCGUUAAGACUUUGACUGGUAAGACUAUCACUUUAGAUGUUGAAGCUUCUGAUACUAUUGAAAAUGUGAAGGCAAAGAUUUAAGACAAGGAAGGAAUUCCACCUGAUCAAUAAAGACUUAUUUUUGCUGGCAAGUAAUUAGAAGAUGGUAGAACUUUAUCUGACUACAAUAUUUAAAAAGAAUCAACUCUUCAUUUGGUUUUAAGAUUAAGAGGUGGUUGA